GCUCAUCCUCGGACGUUCUAACUCCAGCGGCGAGAGACGUCCAGCGGAAAUCCCAUGGCGGCCGCCAGCGCUGCGCCGUUGCUGCAGGGUGCGGACCAUCCAAAGCGCAUCACCAUAGCCAUGGGCAGUGCAGGUGAGCGAGUCUUCAAGCUGGGCGACCAGGAAGUGGUGCUGAUGGGUGGGAACUAUGUCAUCAAGGGACCCCCCUAUUUUCCGCCCAAAGAGGUGGUCUCCGCCGAUGCCUUGGAGAUGUCACAAGGAGCUGAGCAGAUGCUCUACAAGCCGCCUCCUGCAGCCGAUGGCUCGGCCCGUUGCGUGAAGCCUUGCGUGCGCCUGGGCUGCCUCUGGGAGGGCUCCAUGCCCGACAAAGCGGGGCCCAUCGAUCCAACCUGGGCAGCCAACUUGGAAACCACCAUUAAGGCCUUUGCUGAGCAGAACGUUUAUGUCUUUCUGGAACUCCACGAUGACGCCUUCACCACGACCAACGGGGGCGAGGGUCUUCCCUGGUGGACCGGGGCCUACAUGCAGGAGACGGCGCACGCACACAGCACCAGCGGACACUGCUGUUGCUUCACCAAGCCCUCCUACAUCACGAAGCCUGGCAGAUGGAUUUGUUGGAUGCUCAUGGGGUCAUCACCUUAG